AAUUUCACCAUUUUCUGUAUCGGACAUUCAGACGCAAGCUAAAACACAGAGACAGAGAGGCGAAGCGAGAUGAAGACGAUGACGGUGUCUCGGUCGAAUUAUCGCUAUAAGUUCGGAGUGUUAAUUUCUGGAAUUGUGUUGUCGUUGUUGUUGUUGAUCAAUGCACCGAAGAAAGCCGAAGCUUCGAAGUCUCCGUCGGCUUUUGUUCAGACCGUCAUCUACUCUAACAAGAUCGCCGUGUUCUCCAAAUCUUAUUGCCCGUAUUGUCGUCGUGCCAAACGCAUCUUUAAUGAACUACAAGAGAAUCCUUAUGUUGUGGAGCUUGAUCAUCGAGAUGAUGGAUCCCAAAUUCAGGAUGUGCUUUUAGAUCUUGUUGGCCGUCGCACUGUUCCUCAAAUAUUUGUUAAUGGAAAGCAUAUUGGUGGUGCUAGUGAUCUUGAAGCAGCUGUUAGGAAUGGCGAGUUGCAAGAUCUCCUGGAUAUGGCUUCAACAGGUUUUCAACUUCCCCUAUUGUACUGGAUUCAUCACCAACAAUCAAUUUCCCUCCUUCCCUUACAAUUCUAUCAACUUUUACAAUCACAGCAUGGAGAAGAGAAGGUCUGAUGGAGAAGAUUGUAUGUCUCAGGGUACCCUUCAAAACUUAAUACAAACUCAUGACAGCUGAAAUUGCAGUCUCUGAGAAGAGCAAACUCAAUUUGAGCUUCAUGUUCAUCUUUAGGGGCGAACAACAUUGCAAGGGCGUUUCUGUCAAAAAGUCUAGACCACCAUCGAGAAACUGGGCCCCACCAGCCGGAAAACUAACAAGUUCCCCAGCCACUUUCACCAAGUUGGUGGUUGUGAGUCGUCCCAUAUAUUGUUUUCCUUGCGGUGAGAUGUUGAUUAGAGGUUUCAAGUGAUCUUUGGAAUUGGGUGAUACAUAUUUCAGAACAAUUGCAAAUAUAUUGUGUUCCACCA